CGUCCUUUCGGUUGGCAAGCCGACAAGUACAAAUAUAUGGAGUACGAACUCCGCAGAAAUCACUUGUUGAUAUUGCCACAUGUAAGAGUCACUGUUGGCCAAGCCGGUGGAAUUCUAUGGCGUCUAUGCAAACAAGAACUGGCCAAUGACAUACCCAAUGGACCCUCACCCGACGUCCUCUAUUUUGUGGAUACAUCACAACAAGCAUCCCACACUUACCUAUUCGACACUCUCACCGACCAUGAGAUUGAGAUAUUAUGCGGGAUAUACUACGUUGAUACAGAUAGACGCACCCAAACUACUACACUGGUGUGGUGGCCCAUGCCUCAGUUGUGGGACUCAUCGGGUUUGGACACAGGAUACUGGAACCUUUCCUGCAAACAAAUGUUCCAGGGAAGACUGGAAAGACUACGCACCGGUAAUGCGACCUUGCUGACUACCAAGAAGUGGAGGUCAGACCUCAAGUAUUAUAAAAACCAGAGUAGGAAAAUAAAUACCCGUACCGAA